AUGCCCACCACAGCAUCCGUCCCCGACAAACAGAGACAAAGCGCCGCCAGCAAGUCGUUCUUUGGGAGAAAACUGCACAAGGACAGGUCGGGCGACGACCGGUAUUAUGAGCCAGGGAGUGGCGCGGCCACCCCGGCAGCAGAUACACAGUCUUUAGCCGGCAGUAUGGCCGGUUCUCGCAGUUCUCGAUACUCCAAGAGAGGCUCGAUAGGCUCUUUCGACGCCGACGACGGCUACGGCGCUUUCCCGUCGAAUGCCGGCAUCCUCACGUCGAUACCAUUUGACAAUAUGCCGUCCGACUCCAAAACCCCCAUCCCCGUCGAGUAUCUGCCUAAGCAAGAUCCCAACGCUCGCCGGGAGCCUUCGCCUAGUCAUCUCGCCAAGGGCGCUGCCGACUUCCACCAAUACCCUAUCUGGGAUCCAAAAGCUGUUCCCAACGCGCCAGCGCAUGUCAGUGGGCCUCGUCCGCCUCCUCAUGCUUCCAAUAUGACUAUAACUAGUAGUUCGAGUGGUGACCGCGGAGCAAGAUAUCAGCAGUGGGGAAGACCUGGUAGCUCUGCAGCCAACACCGGCUUCAGUUACACUUCAUCCUCUACAGGUGACUCCUCUGCCAAUUCGAGAACGUCGCUAGAUCAGACCAGCAUCUAUUCAUCCCAUUCAUCUGCCACUCGAGGCUCUUAUUUUUCCGACAGCAAUUCCAACCGCACUCUCACGAACCCGUACUCUGCUGGAGACCGAAAUCCAAACUUAGCCAGCGGCCCGUCUACGAGCCGCAAUUUGAACGCGCAACAGGCAUACCCGCCACCUCAGCAGCCACCCUCGCACAUGACACCUUCCUCGUCCCACUCCUCUUUAGGCCCAGAGUACUUAUCGCGCCCUAAAGAUGAUCGAGUCGUCGACCAGCUUUUCCUCGAAUUGAUGCAGAAACGUGGGUGGCAGAAUCUGCCUGAGCAGGCUAAACGACAAAUGCAGGCGUAUCCCGCAUCGAAAAAAUGGACCCUUGUUCACCAAGAUCGAUUGACUGAGCUCCAAGGCGAGCAAAAGAGACGUCAUAAUGCUAGGCUGACUCAUGGAUAUGAAGGAAAUGCCUCCAGCAGUCUCAUCGGCCGAGCUGACGAAGAAGGUAGCCCGGAGUGGUAUGUCAAGAAGGUCAUGGACGAUACGAUAACGUCGAAGCAAUUGGCCAGUUUAAGUGUCAGUUUGCGAACGCAACCCAUCAGCUGGGUAAAGGCUUUUGUCGAAGCCCAGGGUCAGGUCGCCCUGACCAACGUGUUACUGAAGAUAAACCGGCGCAAAGCAUCCGGUCCAGCCGGUUCAGCUACGUCUGCAGAAAAGGAUCUUGAACGCGAAUAUGACAUUGCCAAAUGUUUGAAAGCUUUAAUGAAUAACAAGUAUGGCGCCGACGAUGCCCUGACACAUCAGCAAGUCAUCGUCGCCCUAGUGAGCUCGCUCUUAUCACCUCGACUGCAAACUCGAAGGAUGGUCAGUGAGGUGUUGACCUUUCUUUGCCAUUGGGGCGAGGGGCAGGGCCACCAGAAGGUGCUCCAGGCACUUGACCAGGUCAAAAACCACCAGGGAGAGACGGGCCGUUUUGAUGCCUGGAUGCGCAUUGUCGAAGUCACCAUCGAUGGCCGAGGAAAGAUGGGCAGUCUCGUGGGCGCCAGUGAGGAAUAUCGGAGCGGCGGCGUGGGUAUGGAGAACUUGCUCAUGGAAUAUGCCGUUGCGACGAUGCUUCUCAUCAACAUGUUUGUCGAUGCACCGCAAGAAGACUUGCAGCUACGAUGUCACAUUCGUGCACAAUUCAUAUCAUGUGGCAUCAAGCGCCUGUUGACGAAGAUGGAAGGGUUCCAGUAUGAAGUUAUUGACAAGCAGGUCGAACGUUUCAGAGAAAACGAGGCUAUUGACUACGAAGAUCUUCUACAGCGUGAGGCUAGUAGUACAAAGGAUAGCAUUGAAGGAGAAGUAAAGGACAUGAGCGACCCCCUACAAAUCACCGACGCCAUUGGUAACCGCAUAAAUGGCACUCGAGCUGGAGAUUACUUUCUUUCAGCGAUGCAGCAUAUGCUCCUCAUCCGAGAGAAUUCAGGCGAAGAUGUGUUACGCAUGUUUCAGUUGGUCGAUGCCAUGCUUAGCUACGUUGCUAUGGAUCGCCGGUUGCCAGAUUUGGAUCUUCGCCAAGGCUUGGGCUUUACGGUACAGAAUCUAUUGGAUAAGUUGCAUACCGAUGCAGAGGCCAGGCAUGCCUUCGACGAGUCUCUCGAAGCUCGCCAAGUAGCAGAGGCUGCUAUUGCGGAGCGCGAUGAGAUGAAGGCGCAGAUUGAGCUCGGUGCCGAUGGACUGGUUAAGAAAUUACAAAAGCAAAUCGACGAACAGGCCAGCGUUCUUGAAUUGCAACGCCGCCAAAACGACUCACUCAAAUCAGAGCUCAACGAUGUCCACCGUCUUCGCGCCCAAGAGCUCCAGCGAAAUGAAUUGGAGACACGAGAACUAUACCUCAUGCUACGAGACGCACAGGACAUUGCUGCAUCCAAUGCAAAGAAGACGGUAGACGCCAAGUUGGUUGAAACUGACACGUCUCAAAUGAGAGGUAUCCUAGAUCGUGAAAAGUUGCUGGAAAGACUCGAGCGCCAAUUAGAGAGGACAAAGACCCAAUUCAAGCUCGAAGGCAAAGUCUGGAACCAAGACGGACCCUCAGAUCGUCUAAGAGAACUUCGCGAACAAAUGGACGGAACAGGUGUCGUUGAAGAAGAAUUCGAGCAACAAACCCGUCGAACUCUGACCAGCAGCACAUUGGGAUCUGUCGCUCGCAAGAAGGUCCCUGGAAGCGAGUCGGAAGAGCAUCUUCCUGAAUUGACCGAAAAGGACGAAGAGACAGUUAAAGAACAACAGCCUGUGAAGCCGUCCCUAGAAUUUGAGCGUUCACGCAUGCAAGCUUUGCAUGCUACUGGUCUCCUCGGAGAGAUUGCGGCAAAGGUUUAUAGAUACGACGAUGAUGAAGCGGAAGAUGCCGAGAAACCUAAACCUGAAGAAAAGGAAGUUGAAAAAGAGCCCGAAAAGAAAGAAGAAGCUCUACCUACUGCUGCACCACCACCACCUCCUCCUCCACCACCUCCUCCUCCACCACCUCCGCCGCCGCCACCGCCUCCUAUGUCUGGUGGUGCAAUUCCUCCGCCCCCGCCUCCUCCCCCGCCUCCUCCUCCGCCUCCAGGGUUUGCUGGUGGUAUUCCUCCCCCGCCUCCUCCCCCGCCCCCAGGAUUUGCUGGGGGCAUUCCUCCUCCUCCCCCGCCUCCUCCUAUGUCCCCGGGAAUUCCACCGCCUCCACCAGGUCCUCCUGGUGCACCCGGUGCUUGGAGAGGAAAUUACUUGGCUGCAAACAACUCAUCAUACAACGCGCCACCUUCUAUGUCAUCAAUCAGGCCUAAGAAGAAGCUUAAGGCACUUCACUGGGACAAGAUUGACACUCCUCAAGUUACAGUUUGGGCUACUCAUACUCCUACGACCGAGGAUAAGGAGCAGAAGUACACUGAAUUGGCUAAGAAGGGAAUUCUCGAUGAAGUGGAGCGUUUGUUCAUGGCCAAGGAGACUAAGAUUUUAGGUGGUGGACCGUCUGCCAAGGUUCGAAAGGAUAAGAAACAAAUUAUCUCCAAUGAGCUUUCAAAAACCUUCCAGGUUGCCUUGGCAAAGGUUUCUCAGACGCCUGUGGACGAGCUAGUACGCAUGAUUAUCCAUUGUGACAAGGAGAUUUUGGACAAUGAUGUUGUUAUGGACUUUUUACAACGUGACGAUCUUUGCACUAUUCCUGAAAACACUACCAAACUCAUGGCGCCAUACAGCAAGGAUUGGACGAUUCCUGAUGCGGCGACUACAGAACGAGAACAGGAUAUUUCGGAGCUUACUCGGGAAGAUCAGAUCUAUCUCCAGACUGCAUUUGAAUUGGGUCAUUAUUGGAAGUCGAGAAUGCGCGCGUUGGCUUUGACGCGGUCCUAUGAAAUCGACUACGAUCACAUCUCGUCAAAAGUCCAACAAGUCAUCAAAGUCUGCGAUUCUCUCCGCGACUCAGUGACUCUGAUGAAUGUUCUCGGCCUGAUUCUCGAUAUUGGUAACUUCAUGAACGACGCCACCAAGCAGGCACAGGGUUUCAAGCUGAGCUCCCUGGCUCGCCUGGGUAUGGUGAAAGAUGACAAGAACGAGACGACGUUUGCAGAUCUCGUUGAGCGUAUCGUUCGUAUUCAAUAUCCCGAAUGGGAAGGAUUCCAAGAAGAGAUUGCCGGGGUGGUUAGUAUUCACAAAUUGAACAUUGAUCUUCUUCGACAAGAUGCAAAGAAAUACAUCACCACCAUCAAAAAUGUCCAGUCGAGUCUCGAUUCAGGCAACUUGAGUGACCCGAAGAAGUUCCAUCCUCAAGAUCGGGUAAGCCAGGUUGUGCAGCGGAGCAUGAAGGAGGCAAGACGCAAGGCAGAGCAGAUGCAAAUAUUGCUGGAUGACCUGGGCAAGACUUUUGAUGACAUUAUGAUCUUUUUUGGUGAGGAUAAUACAGACGAGAAUGGCCGUCGCGACUUCUUCAGCAAGCUCGCAUCAUUCUUACAAGAGUGGAGAAAAUCCAAAGAGAAGAACGUUUCGCUGGAGGAGAACAGAAGGCGAAUGGAGUCUUCAUUGGCACGCAAACGCGUCAACCCUACACUCAGCAACGGGGCAAGCAACGAGAGCCUCAUGUCACCCACGCAAAGUGGCGCUAUGGAUUCUCUCCUUGAGAAGUUGCGCGCUGCUGCUCCUCAAGCGAGGGACCAGCGCGAUCGCCGUCGUCGUGCCCGUUUGAAAGAGCGACACCAAGUCAGAGUCGCUUCCGGCCAGCAAAUACCCAACCUUCAGCCGGGCGAAGACGAGGAAGGAGAAGGCGAGUCGACAAUUAGCGGCCAAGAUGAUAGCUCUCACUUGAACCCUCAGGAGGAUGAAAAUGCUACAAACCAGGAAACCCAGAUUUCCGAGGGAGAAGACAUCGCCGACAGAGCUGCCAAUCUGCUACAAGGCUUACGGAGUAAUAUGGACGGAGACGAAGAACGGGCACGGAGAAGAAGAGAGAAUGCGGAAGACGAGAGACGAGCUCGAAGAAUGAGAAUGAGGUCACGAAACAUGACGAACGGCAGCAAGGAUAGUGCUGACGGGUCUCUGCCCUCGAUCAAGGAGCCAGCCUCACCGGGCGAGGCUGAUGAUGAUAGCUCUGCUCAACCUAUGUCGACUCCUUCCAUUGUGGUUUCACAAUCCACCGACCAUGCCGAAGGUGAGGCAGCAGAAGAAGGGUCGACGCCAGAUAAGCCUCUUGAAAUCUCGGAUUGA